AUGAGUAGACCUACAACGCCAGCUACUGCAUCAACGUCUUUGUCAGCUUCAGGUGGAUCAGGUAAGUUCCGAUGGCGCGUGGAUGCCGAGAAGAAUGUGGUAGUGUGGAACUUUGAGCGUCGAGGUUGGGCCAAGACCGAAGGAGACGACUGGAACAUCUACUGGGCCAGCAAGACCACAAUAAAAAACAUAUUUAACCCGGAGACCGGGGUACGCCUAGUAGACGGUCAAUAUGUCAACCAUUUUCCAAACCACUACGAACUCACUCGCAAAGAUCUCAUGGUCAAGAACAUAAAGCGAUACAAGAAGGAGAUGCUAGCAGCACAAGCCACAGCGUCUGAAGCUGGUAGUUCAACAGCGUAUCCUAUUGAGUCACUAGACUUUUUCCCGAUGACGUACACGCUACCUGCAGACUAUUCGCUGUUUGUCGAGGAAUUUCGACGCAAUCCGAACGUCAUGUGGAUCAUGAAACCCUGUUCCAAGGCUCAAGGUAAAGGGAUUUUCAUCAUCAACAAGCUGUCACAGACCAAGAAAUGGGCGAAUCAACGGUGGACGAACAUGCCGAUUAAGGAGGGAUAUGUAGUCUCACGGUACAUUGAAAACCCGUUGCUGGUCGGUGGCAAGAAGUUCGAUCUGCGUAUGUACGUACUAGUACUGUCAUAUCGACCCAUGCAAGCGUUGGUGUAUCGGGAAGGAUUUGCUCGCUUCUGCAACGUGAAAUACUCUGCUGCCGUGGAUGAUAUGGACAACCCGUUCAUGCACCUCACGAACGUCGCGGUGCAGAAGAACAACGAGGACUAUAACAGUAACCACGGAGGUAAAUGGAGUGUAGCGAAUCUCUGUCUCUACGUGGAAGCCACACGUGGUCGUGGAGCGGGUGAAAAGCUACUACGAGAUAUUCAUGGUGUCAUGUUGCACGCACUUAAAGCGGUACAGAACGUGAUCAUUAACGAUCCGCACUGCUUCGAGUGCUAUGGCUACGAUAUCAUUGUGGACGAUAACCUUAAGCCCUGGUUGGUGGAAGUGAAUGCAUCGCCAUCGCUGGCUACCACAACACGAGAAGAUCGCAGUAUGAAGAGUCGACUGCUUCGAGAUGUACUGGAGUUAGCUGUGGCAGCAGAUGCUGAACCCGAUCAACGCCGAGCUGUCCUUCCACCACCCACACUCAGUCCAACGUCAGGCUUCUCGUGGCUUCUUAAUGAGACAACUCAACUCGAAGCUGAUCGAUUGAGAGCUGAUGCACUUCGCAAAAAUGCUAAACGAGCAUCAAGCGCUCAAUGGCGGUAA